CCUAUGAGCUGUGACGAGGGCGAGAUGAGUAGCCGCCGCCGCCGCCCACGCUCGCCGGCGGCGGCGCCACCGCUGGAGGACGACAACCUGCUCUCUGAGAUCCUCCUCCGUCUCCCCCCAGAUCCGUCAUCCCUCCCUCGCGCCUCCCUUGUCUCCAAGCGCUGGCUCGGCCUCGUCUCCGACCCCGGCUUCUCCCGCCGCUUCCGCCUCCACCACCGCCGCAACCCUCCUCUCCUCGGUUUCUUCGAGAGCUCGUACUUCGAACCUAUGGAUCCCCCCAAUCGUGUCCCAAAAGUUCGCUUCUCCUACGAGCACACUGACGAUGACGGCUAUGGCUGCUUCAUACCCUUCGGAUGCCGCCAUGGCCUCGUACUCAUCUUCCACGAAUCGGAGACUUCGGAGAAGCAGAUCCAUGUGCGGGACCCCUUCAACGGCGACAAACACUGCCUACCCGUUCCCCCGGAGUUCGAUGUGGAGGAGACCCUGAUCAGUGGGGCAGUGUUUCGCGCUGCUGGAGACAUCCAACACUUCCAGGUGGUAUUGGUAGGCACAGAGACAAACAACCAGCAGCAUACACGGGCAAUUGCCCGCGUCUACUCAUCUGACAUCGGCAUAUGGGGCAAUCUCAUGUCGACACCGCUUCCACCCAUGUCUUCGAGUUCUAUGGACGAAUUUUCCACCACUUUUGGAAUGUGGUAUACUAUUAGUGUGCUGGUUGGGCAUUCGCUUUACUGGUUGCUCACUGAUACAUCAGCAGAAACUUACACAUUGGAUGUCAUCCUUCAGUUUGAUUUGGAGAGGCAGAUUCUAGCUGUGAUACCGGUGCCCAUGGAUAUUGCCAAUAAUUGUAUUAGCCGAUUCCAAGUUAUGCGGGCAGAGGGUGGUGGCCUUGGCAUUCUCUUUCUGUCAAAUUUUAGUGCCCAGUUAUGGAAGACGGAGACUGAUUCUGAUGGCGUUGCUUCGUGGGUGCUGGGAAGAACUAUUGAACUAGAUAAGCUACUUCCCAUGAAUCCAAAGAAGAAGACGAGAGGGCCACCCCUAAUGAUUCGAGGGUUUGCCGAGUACAAUAAUGUGUUGUUCAUACGGACACCUGCUGGCUUCUUCAUGCUUCAGCUUGAGUCACUGCAGUUCAAGGAAGUUGUAAAAUCCCAUAUCUAUUAUCCAUUUGAGAGUGUCUAUGUUGCAGGUAACAGCAUAUGCAUAUACAUUGUGUGUGUGAAAAACCAGGAUAUUACUUAUAAUUGGUUGAUUGAAUGGCGCUCACAUCCUUUUGUGUUAAGCUAAACAAUUUAAAGUAGUGCCAUAUAAAUUGUUUUGUUUGCUACUUGAUGAUCUUUUCAACAUAUAUCAAUAUUGUUCUAGCGUCUUAUUUCUGGAUGUUUGUGUGGUGGCAUUUUAUGUGAUGGUUAUGAUUUGAUAAAACAUCUUUUAGUGGGUAUAUUUUAUUUUACCCGAUAUACAACAUGGAGCGAGCUGAAUCAUAAUUUGGGGUAACUUCUCCCUUCCGACCAGCUAAUAGUUUGAGGCGCCAUGGUUGAUGACUUGAUGGCCUUAAGCUUGACGGUGACUCUUGUUGUUGUACCUGUACCAUGAGAUGAUAAUGUUCCUAUGUAGCAAGCUGUCGUCAUACUGCAGGUGUCAUUUAUUCAUUGUUAUCAUCCAAGAAUAGGCGUCCUCCAUUAAGGGAAGAUUCAGCAUCUUGAACUGCUCAGCCCUAUGUCUUCCUCCUGGGUGCUUGAAGCUCACGUUCAUAACCUUUGUGCUGAAGAGUUGUCAAAAGAACUGCCUCCAGCGCCUCUUGGCAAGGAUAAAAGAUAGGCAGCUGAGUAAGGUUGAAUUUGAUAUGCCAGUUCCGUCAGCAAAAUAUUUCACCCGGUUUGAGUUUGCGGCAAAUUCUCUUUAAGUUCAGAUAAGCUGGUUUCUCUCUGCUAAAUUGGCUCGAGCAUCAGAGUUUCAUGGGAGCUACUUCACCAAUGAAAGAAUGCCUCAAAGGGAUUACACCCGAGACAGCAGUGGUAUGAACUAUGAAGCCAAUAUUCAGUGAGAGAAAGCCACUUCAUCCAGGUCUUUGGUUUUUGGAGAACCAUAAUGUGAAGAUAUCAACAGUUCACAUGCUCUGUUUGCCAAUAUGUUUCCGGGUGGUGAGCAGUGCUGAACCUGAUGUUCACUUGGAGAGUUUUGAAUAGUUCUUGAUGGCAAUGGGCAUUGGCCAUGUAGUUUGAAAACAUGGUCACUGAACAGUUGAACAACUUGAAGGACAGUGUAAAGAUGGGACAUGGGGAUGAAUGAAGUGGGCAUAUUUGGUCAGUUCAUCCACCCCUACCAGGAUAACUUGUUUCCCUUGAGAAUUUGGUAAACCCUCUGGAUUUUGACAUGUGAAGUGGGCAUAUGAAGUGUGCCAAUUACGUACCAAUGUGUGCCCGGGCCAUUUCAGGAAGGCGGUUUGACAUGUUCAGAUUUUUGUCAGUUGACAGA